AUGAAGAUUUGCUUCCAGACGGUCGAUGUCGUGCAUUCAGAAGACUGGAGGAUGAACCCUUCAGGGCGAGGUACUCGCCGUCUGCAAAGUGAAGCUCGUUCAAGGUCGAAAUCAGACUGUGACGGUUCUUCACCAACGUCAUCAAAUGGCCGUGAAGUAACAGACAGUCAAGCCUGGGACCGCGAGGUGCUUGUCCAGGUAUCUUCACUACAACAGACAAACUUCCACGCGGUGAAGCUACUACCGCGGCACCGCGACCCAUCAGAGUGGCACAUCUCGGUGAGAUCUAGGGGCAAAGACGGUGAGGAUGAGGAGACCAUCAUCGUGGACGACUCGAUGCAGAACAAGUUCAACAUCAGGUGCAACGCUCUGGUCUACGAUCACGAGCACGAGGACUUGAUCUCCAUGUUAAACAUGUCACCGACGACGGUCGCCUGUAUGGUGAAAAGGGGAUGA